AUGAAACUUUCAUUUGCCACUGCGCUCGCUAUUUUAGGUGCUGCCUCUGCAACCCCUGUUGACAUUUUCAAUGACAUUAUAAUUGGAGAUGCUGAACUUCAAUUGCCAAUUACCGCCUCUUGGAAGUUCCCCUGGCCACCUUGGGGAAAGCCCGAGGUUGACAGUGAGAAGUUGCAGGCUACCAUCUCUACCGAGGCCUUGAAGGAGAGAGCAGAGAAGUUGUACGCGAUUGCUCAGAAAUCCGAAAAGAAAUAUGGCCACCCUACAAGAGUGAUUGGCUCUCCAGGUCACUGGGCAACAAUCGCAUAUAUCAAGCAUGAAUUGGGCAAAUUAAGUGAUUACUACACCAUUGAUGUGCAAAAGUUCGAGGCAAUUGAUGGUCAGAUUAAUUCUGUUUCGCUUUUGAUUGACGGUGAGAAACCAAAGUCCUUGCUGGCCUUGUCUCUCACACCACCAACUCCAGGCAAGAAACCAGUGCACAGCAACUUGGUUUUGGUUGACAACUUUGGUUGUGAUCUUUCUGAUUUUCCUAAGAACUUAACUGAAGGUAACAUUGCGUUGAUCGAGAGAGGUGAGUGUGCUUUCGGCAACAAGUCCAUCAACGCUGGCAAAGCUGGUGCAGCUGGGGCAAUUAUCUACGACAAGGAUGCUCCAUUGCACGGUACUUUGGGUGAGCCAACUGGAGAGGAGGUUCCCACAGUUUCAAUCAGCAAGGAGGAUGCUCAAAAAUAUAUUGACAAAUUGAAGAAGAACCCCAAGCACAAGUUUGAAACCACCCUUUACGUUGACUCGUACAUCAAGAAGAUCAAGACUCUCAAUGUGAUUGCGGAAACUAUCAAGGGCGACCACGAUAACGUUGUGUCCUUGGGCGCUCAUUCCGAUUCUGUCGCUGAAGGACCUGGUAUUAAUGACGAUGGUUCAGGUACAAUUUCUUUACUUGAAGUUGCUAAGCAAUUGACCAAGUACAAGGUAAACAAUGCUGUUCGUUUUGCCUGGUGGGCUGCUGAGGAGGAGGGACUUUUAGGCUCGUAUGCUUAUGCUCAGUCUCUUUCCCCAAAGGAGAACAAAAAAAUUAGAUUGUUCAUGGAUUAUGACAUGAUGGCUUCUCCUAACUACGAAUACGAGGUGUACGAUGCCAACAACAAAGAUCACCCUAACGGUUCUGGCGACUUGAAGGACCUUUACAUCAACUGGUACAAGGACCACGGAUUGAAUUACACUUUGAUUGAGUUUGACGGUAGAAGCGACUACGUCGGAUUCAUCGACGCUGGUAUUCCUGCUGGUGGUAUUGCUACUGGUGCUGAAAAGGUCAAGACUAAGAAGGGCCAGGAGCAAUUUGGUGGUGAGGCCGGCAAGUGGUUCGACCCAUGCUACCACCAGUUGUGCGACGACUUGUCUAACCCCGACUACGAAGCCUGGUUGGUUAACACCAAGUUGAUUGCCCACUCUGUUGCUACCUAUGCGAAGAGCUUUGAAGGUUUCCCCGAGAGAGAGGUUUCUGAUGUUUCUGCUCAGAGCUCCACUAAGGUGACCGACACUUUCCCAUAUCGCGGCUCCAAGUUGAUUUUUUAG